UACAGGCACACGCGCACGCAAAAUCAUUGACAGCAGUGGUGGACAGCAGCUCGCAAGUGCACCGUCAGGGGCGCCGAGACACAACUUCUUGUCAAUUCACGUUGUCAGUUCACUUAAGAUUGCAACGGCGUGUGUUCUCUCUUUCCUUUUUUUAACAGAUGACGACGAUGGGUCGGAUGAUUGUCUGAGCCAUCCGAUCUUACCCCAAGGGUAUCGAGCAAAAUUCCAAGUGUCACAGCGAUUAUGUACACGCGAGUGCUAACUGUCUACAGGAAAAGAUUCGGAUUCAAAUAUUGGAAGAUGUCUAUUGCAUGUAUACAGGAGCGAUAAUCGGACGGUUACAAAGAAAAACAUAGAAGAGGACUAGUGAACUUACAAAGCAUACACUCACUUUUAAAUAUUAUGUCGGGCACUGGGUCUGUCAUAUCGCAGACUAUCACCCAUCUGCCGGAGAAGGAACAUGGGCCUGUGCCGACCAUGGACUACUCUAGCAUCCGAGGCAAGAAUGUCCUGGUCAGUCCAUCUGAGGAUCAGUACGAAUUACUGUUGAGAAGGCUGAAAGAAAGAAUUCAGGAUGGAGGUAGCGAGACAAUCUUCGACAUUGGUGUCGCUGAAGAUGGAUCCGAGGAUGGACUGAAGGAGGAUGAAUACGAGGCAUCGGUCGCUACUUUACAGUCCCUCGCCGCAACAUUGGAGGCGGAUUGCGUGCUUCUUCGUCAGAGUAAGGCAGAUCACGGUCUAACAGGACAGUAUUUAGUGAGAAGACGUCUAGAUCGACAAGAUUUCUUAGAAAUCAGGGUUGCUGUGGUCGGUAAUGUGGACGCUGGUAAAUCAACCUUAUUGGGAGUGCUGACUCAUGGUGAGCUUGACAAUGGACGAGGAUUGGCGCGUCAGAAAUUAUUCCGCCAUAAACACGAAGCUGAAACAGGGCGGACUAGCUCUGUUGGGAAUGAUAUACUCGGAUUUGAUAGCGUCGGUAAUGUAGUUAAUAAACCUGAGCACGGUUCGUUGGAUUGGGUAAAGAUAUGUGAAAAAUCCUCUAAAGUAAUUACAUUUAUUGAUCUCGCUGGUCACGAGAGAUAUUUGAAGACGACUGUCUUCGGAAUGACCGGACACGCUCCGGACUUCGGUAUGCUAAUGAUCGGAGCGAACGCUGGCAUUGUAGGUAUGACGAAGGAACAUUUGGGACUGGCUUUAGCAUUGUCUGUACCAGUAUUCGUCGUCGUGACGAAAAUCGAUAUGUGCCCACCAAACGUUCUGCAGGAAAAUUUGAAGCUACUUAUAAGGAUUCUGAAGUCUCCUGGCUGCAGAAAAGUCCCAGUUACAGUAAAGACCCCCGACGAUGUUGUAGUUAGCGCUACUAAUUUUGUCUCAGAACGGUUGUGUCCAAUAUUUCAAGUGUCCAAUGUGUCUGGCGAAAAUCUAAAUCUUCUCAAGAUGUUUCUCAACUUAUUGACCGCAAGAAUUACUAGUCAUGACGAUGAACCUGCUGAAUUUCAAAUAGAUGAUACAUAUUCGGUACCAGGUGUUGGUACAGUGGUGUCUGGUACAACUCUAAAAGGUAUCAUAAAAUUAAAUGAUACGCUGCUACUAGGACCAGAUCCGUUAGGUCGUUUUACACCUAUAACUGUCAAAAGUAUCCAUCGGAAAAGAAUGCCUGUCCGCGAAGUGAGGGGUGGUCAGACAGCUAGUUUCGCCCUGAAGAAGAUUAAACGAUCGCAUAUUCGGAAGGGUAUGGUAAUGGUCGCACCCGCGCUUAAUCCACAGGCUUGCUGGGAAUUUGAAGGUGAAAUUCUAGUACUACAUCAUCCUACAACCAUCAGCUCCCGUUAUCAAGCAAUGGUACAUUGCGGCAGUAUAAGACAAACUGCUUCUAUAUUGUCAAUGUCUCAGGAUUGUCUACGAACAGGCGACAAAGCCUUAGUGCAUUUUAGAUUUAUCAAACAUCCCGAGUAUAUAAAGCCUGGACAGAGAAUGGUGUUCAGAGAAGGUCGUACUAAAGCGGUGGGAAACGUAGUGAAACUUAUACCUCAUUCGAACAAUAUAACCACACAGGCAUCCAGAAUCAAACCGAACAAAACGUCGCAGAGCCGGCAAAACACGAACGUGCAGGCACUAGAGAUAACCGAAACUGAUUCGACGAUUGAAGCACAAACAGCAAAGCAGGAAAAUGUACCACAGAAAUCUGGGUUGAAUCAGAAUAAGAAAGGCAGAGGUCGAAGAGGAGGACGAUCUCAUAACGCUAUUAACAGUAUUCAACCUUUAGCAGAGCAAAAUCCUCCUGCAAAAAUGUAAGAAACGAUCUGUGUACAAAGAACACAUAAUUAAUAAUAUUCUUAUAAUUCUCUUUUCCUCUCUGGUAUAAGUUUCUUAAAAUGUGAUCUACAAUACGAAACUGUUCUUUUUCUUUUGACAUAAAAACCAUAUUCUAUAGAAUCUUAUGUAGAAUUAUAAUCUCUAUGAAUUUAUUACAGUAAUACAUGUUACAAAUUUAUUACAGUAUCAUUUUUCGCAUCUCGACUAUUUUAAUCAUAUUAAAAAGAUAUUCUUUUAAUAACGUGUAACAAAAUAUAUAUUGGUAUUUAUAAAUUAUAUUAUUUUUGUAAAAGGCAUAUAUAAGCGUAUCUUAAGCCAAUACUAUAUACAAAUAAAAUAAAUAUCAGGAAAUGAUACACGUCUCCAUUUUUGCGAUAUGUAUAUGCAAUAUAAAUACAUAAAUUUGUACAAGAGAGUAUGCGAACUCCUUUUAUCAACGCUUUUAGAAUUUGAAAAUAAAACUUGCAAUAACUGGCCAAUGCUGUGUAUAUCAUUAUCGUAAUAAUUCAUCUUGUACAAUUCUUUGAAAAAAUGAUGUAAUCACAUUUCUUUUCUACUUUGUAAUAUAUUUUGCAAUUUCAAGAGCAGAGAUGUAUCAUACUAUAUUUCAAAUAUAAAGAGAAAAUUUUUCCAUUGUAUAUCAAACAUAUCUAUCCCCUAAUAAAUCAUGCUAAAGAAACCGCAGAAAGAAAAUACAUUUCUUUCACAAAUUUAAGUAUCAUUUCUAUAUACAAUUGAAUACAUAAUUUAUACAUACAUAAAAAUAAAUACUUAUUUAUUAUUGAUAGACUUGUUGCUAAAAUAUUGUUAUCAGAAAUGUAUUGAAUAAAUUGAACUUUUUGUUUUAUUA